AUGAGAGCUACUGAAGACCUGAGAGCUACCAAAGACAUGAAAGCUACUGAAGACCUAAUAGCUACCGAAGACCUGAGAACUACUGAAGGCCUGAGAGCUAAUGAAGACCUGAGAGCUAAUGAAGACAUGAGAGCUACUGAAGACAUGAGAGCUACCAAAGACCUGAGAGCUCCUGAAGACCUGAGAGCUACAGAAGACCUGAGAUCUCCUGAAGACCUGAGAGCUACUGAAGGCCUGAGAGCUACUGACCUGAGAGCUACUGAAGACACGAGAGCUUCCGAAGACCUGAGAGCUCCUGAAGACCUGAGAGCUACUGACCUGAGAGCUACUGACCUGAGAGCUACUGAAGACCUGAGAGCUACUGAAGACCUGAGAGCUACUGAAGACCUGAGAGCUACUGACGACACAAGAGCUUCCGAAGACCUGAGAGCUACUGAAGACCUGAGAGCUACUUAA